UAGAAAGGAUUAUAGUCGACCGUAGUCACACAUCAUUUGCCCCCGGUACAAGAGUAGAAAUUGGCACAUAAGCACACAUAACACACACAAAAGUAAAGCUGGAAAAUUCCCACACAGCUAAUUCCCGCGAGUGAUGUCCACUUUCUUGUUUUCUUAUGAGGAGAAAACUAUCUCAUUUGGUUUAGUAUCAAUGGGGCGCGUGCGAAAUUAAAUAGGUCGCAAUUUUGGUCUUGUCCUGUUUUCUUCUUUUAAAGCCUUUUUUCAUGUGACGGUUUGUUGUUUGGGUAUAUAAAAAGAUCAUCUACCUUCUAAAGCCUCUUUUCAUAUUGGGUUUCUCUCAUAUUCUCUCCUCUGUUCUACAAAGAAAAUGAAGAAAAUGGUUGUGAUGAUGGGUGUUCACGACGAGAGAUCAAAAAGGAGAAUCAUUGGCGCAGUUGCUAACUUCCAUGGGGUUACAACGAUUACCAUGGACUCAAAGGAUGGGAAGCUAACCAUCAUUGGAGACUUCGACAGCAGGAAGAUCCUCACCAAACUCGAAAAGGGAUGGAUCAAUGCUGAAAUGGCAACAUUUGGACCUUACGAUCCCAAAAAAGAGGCCGAAUCUGCUGCAGCUGCAGCCGAGAAGAAGAGGAUGGAAGAAAGGGAACGUGAGAGGUUGGAGGGUUCUCGUGGAAACCACAAUUUCUAUGGUCCUACGCCUACGCAUCAUCAGAUUUGUGUCUGCACUCAUGACCCUUACCAAGGCUGCAUAAUCUCCUAAGAGAGUUUCAAGUGACUAAAAAGGCAUAUGGUAACUUUUAAUAUUUGUUAGAAGUUGGACUUCAAACUAGUGUUUCAUCUGACGAGUAAUGAUGUUUUAGAUUCCUUCAUGGAUGCUUUUAUUUCACUAUUAGUUUAGUUAUUAUGUACAUAUAAAACUUUGCAUUAUAAGCCAAAAAAGCAAUUGUCUAUUUC